AUGUCUGGUUUGAUUUCAGAUCCACUGUCGGGGUUACAUCCUGAUUACGAUGAGUCGCUGAUUAUUCAUUUUGAUCCUGAAUAUCUAAUCACAUUUGCAAAUCACAAAUCACAAGAUUAUUUGACAAAGGAACAGAAUAGACACAAAAAAAGGAAGAAAACCUAUCACAGGGACAUAGGCGUUUAUGAAUUAGAAAAUGGAGCUUUGGAUAACGGGAAUUUAAAACAGACAGACGAAGAUCAUUCUCAAAUGAAAAAUCGGGAUGAAUCAGAGUGGAUAGAGAUAACUAAUAGAAAUAUAAAUUUCGAGUGUGAUUCCCCUAUUGAUUUGAGCGUGAUAUCUUACGGGUCUACAGGGUUUAGAGAGAUUGAAUCAAGUGUCUACGAAUUCGCAACCGAAGAUAUCAAAUUGAACUUCGAGAUGGACGAACCGUUACUUGGGAUUAAAAAUAAGAAUAUGGCUAAACUAAAGUCCAAAUUAUUGUUGUCCAUAAAUAUAAAAAAUAAUUCGGAAAAGAAUACUCCAAGCCUUCUAGAAUUAUUGAGAAAUGAAGUUGCUAUUCUUAAUCUUCCAUCAUCAAGAAUAAAUUCAGAUAGUUUACAAUUUUCUGGCCCCGGUAUUAAAUUGGUUUUUGAUGCUAACAGAAAUAAAAUAAAUGCUAGUGUUUUUUAUGCUAUAUAUCUGAAAGGAGAUAUAAGUGGUCAGUUCCCUGUGGACAUAAUUAAUAAAAUUGCAGCAUUAAUUUCAAUGACUUCCUCUGCAUUGCCUACUCUGGAUGACUUGUCAAGUACGGCUGAUAAUAAUCUCCAUGAACCCACGACUCCUCAACUAUUUUAUAAAUCUAUAUCAGAAAAUACAGCAACAAUUCCACUGAUAGAAAGACCCUUUGAUAUUCCGGAACUAGACACUAAUUUAUUAAGGUUUCAAAGAAGAACUGUAAAUUGGUUGAUUGAAAAAGAAGGAAUGAGAUACGAUUGGAAUACUAACAGGUGUGUGAAGUCUUCAAUAAUAGAUCUGGAUCUAGUGACUUUGUUAACUGAUUAUUUUGGUGAUCAAAAUAUUGACUUUGAAGAACUAGAUAACAAGGUAAGCGUUUUCUUGAACAAAUUAUGCUUCGGAUGGAAUAGAAUACUUCAUCACGAUAGUGUGUUUUGGUUUAACAAAUAUACUGGCAACUUAAACUCAAGGCACCAUACAUAUAAGUUUGUUCUUGAUUAUUACAGAGAUUUAGAUAAUAGAAAAUCUGAAAGUGUCUUACCGGCUCAAGGUUUGUUGGCGGAAGAGAUGGGGUUGGGAAAAACAGUAGAGAUUACCACGUUAGUUUUGAUGAACCAAAGGCCAAUAGAUACAGUAAAUGAACCAAUACAGAUCCAACUUCAAUCGUUUGGAGAUAUGAAGACUGUAAUAAAAGCCAAAACCACAUUAAUCAUUGCACCUGAUUCUAUUCUAAAACAAUGGAAUGAAGAGAUUGUUCAUUUGGCUCCAUCGUUAGCUGUGACGAUAUAUAAUGGAAUUGAUAAAUAUCCAAAACUAGAUAAUAAUGCAGGCUUGAUUGCUGAGUAUUUAAGACGAUUUGAUGUUGUUUUUACGACAUAUUCCACGAUUUCAAAAGAAUUAGACUAUGCUUUAUAUUCUUCUAGGAAUAAACCUACUCGGAAUUCUUCCAAACGAAAAGCUUCGUACUUUGAUAACGGCGAUAUAGGGAACGAUAACAUAUCCGAAGGUAAUGAAUCAACUAAGGAAGCGACUGAUAACACGAUGGAUAGAGAGGCGUUACUUAAGGAUUAUAAAGCUAUGUUCCAGUUAUCGUUGCAAUCACAGAAACCAAAGAUAGCAAAUGAAAAAUCGUCUGAAAGUCAACAUGAAACGGAUUAUGAAAAGGCAUUACAAGAUGAACUUCAUUUAGCCAUGAAACAUAAUAGGAUUGCAGAUAUUUAUAAUAGUCACGAAUAUCAAUCACCCUUGAUGUUGACACACUUUUGGAGGGUAGUUUUGGAUGAAGUUCAGAUGGUUUCAUCGAGGCUUUCAAGGGCAUUUCAAAGUGCAGCAUUAAUCCCGAGAUUUCAUGCAUGGGGUGUUUCUGGUACACCAAUAAAGAAAGACUUCAGUGAUUUACAUUCAAUUUUAAGAUUCUUGAAAUUCCAGCCGUUUUCAGGAGCUUUAUCCAAAAACAGUUGGGCUACAUUAACAACAGUGGAUGGAAGUAAUACUAAUAAAGACUUUAUUAAGCUAUGGAAUCAAAUUAGUCUAAGACAUACUAAGGCAAUGGUUCACGACGAUAUUAAAUUGCCACCUCAAAGUAGAGUGUUGAUGACUAUUCCAUUCACUCCCGUUGAACAAGAGAAUUAUAAUCAGAUGUUUGAAGAAUGUUUGGCAGCAAUAUGUCUCGACAGUAAUGGUAAUCCUGUGUUAAGUGAUUGGGAGCCAUCUUCAACUGUAUUGACCUAUAUGAGGUAUUGGUUGGUUAGUUUACGUCAAGUAUGUUGCAAUCCUCAAAUAGGGAAAUUGAAUCUUAAUUCUAAAAAGUAUAAGUCUAAGAAUUACAAUAGCCGGGUAGUAACUACAGCUCUGCAAUUGAAGACAUUAGAGAAUGUGCUUGAUGAUAUGUUAAUAAAAGCAUCUGAUCAAAUUAGUACUGCCGAAAGUUUAAUUAUUCAAAUUUUUAUCGAUGCUGCACAAUUUCAAGAGUACAUUUUGUUGCCAGAGAAUGCAUUAGAUUUUCUUCAGAUUGGAUUGCUUGGAACAAAACAUAUUUUAUAUCGUUUAAAGUUGAUACUUGCAAAAUACAUCAAAGAAUAUGCGGAUUAUAGAAUGCGCUUUAACUUGAAGCCGAUCAAUAUGGACGAAGAUAUCGAGGGCGAUGAUGAUGAUAUUGAUAUAAACGAUAGCUAUACUUCUUCAAUGGAUGGAAUACGGGACACAUUGAUUAAAUAUCAGGACAAGAUACGGACAACCAGGCUUAAGAUCAGAUUAUCCAAAGUAGCGUUGCAUAAGUUUUAUUUCUUGAUUGCCUCUUGUAAUUUCCAAUGCUAUGAUGAGGAAUAUCGAGAAAAGAUCAAUAAAUUGAAGCUAAGUCAUAUGCCUCUGUCCGACGCUUUGAAUAUUUUUGAAAAAGAAAAUAAAAAUACGAAGGAGAUAUCUACCCUCAUAAGUGGAAUGCCAAUUGAAAUGUUUGAUAUUGAAAAAGGAGAUGAGUUUGAUGGAUUCUCACCAGAUCCAAAUUUACGGGAUAAUGAGUUGCAGAUCGCAAAGCACAAGUUCUUGGAACUGAAAUAUUAUGACCUUGCGGAACAAACUAGACAAGAUAUAUUAAAGGGAUCAAUUGAUUCCGUCAGUAAAACCGUGGAUGCUAAAAUUACUUCACGGGUAUGGUAUAAUAAAAGUGAUUCAAAAUUUGUUGACACUGGAGUAUCGUUAUUGCCAAAGACGUCAAAGAAAUUCUUCAAUGUUUUACCAAUCAUUGAGAUUGAAUCAUUGAAGAGCUAUAUUAUCGGAAUGAAGUCAAAGUUCUAUUUUGAAAAGUUUGAAAAAUUAUCAACUCAGUUGAACGUUCAAUGUGAAGUUAUUAAUAAUUGGAUGAAUGAAUUAAUCAGAAUAUUAUGUAAACCUUUGUUGAGUCAUGAUAAAACACCGGAUGGUGAGGAAUAUGAGGGAUCUAUUGAAGAUCAAGAUAAGGCAUCAUGUUAUUUGAAUGUAAUAUCAGAGAUUUUAAUAGAUCGUAAUGAAUUUAUCGUGGGUGAUGAAAACUCCAUUAAGAUGAAUAUUUUAAAAAUAAAUCAAGUUCCUAAUGAAUCACAUUCUGAGGCCAAUAAAAUAAACAGUACAAUAUUCUUAAAAGAACUCGAAGAAACACGAAGAAAUGUCAAGCCGAUAGGUAAGAGCUCAUUACAAGAGCUUGUUUUCAACAUAAAAGAUAUUGAGGGGGAACUAAAGGAUGAGGUGUUUUUGGACGAAGGGUCUAAACAAGUUGAAUACGACUUGUUCAAGAAAAUAAGUGAAAGAGUUAGAACUAUAUUUGCGAACCAGAAGCUAGCACAAGUUUUGUUCCAAAAGGAAUUGAAUUUGAGUUGUAACUCGGUGUUCAAUAGUCGUAUUGAAUAUUUCAAGCAGUUGCAACAAAUUUCGGAUAGUGUUCAACCAAGAAGGUUUGAUUUCCUGCAAGAAGAUUUGUCCUAUGAUAUUGUAAUAGGAGAGCAAGAGAAACGAUUGUUGGACUAUAUCGAGAUUAAUUCAUCCAUGGGUAAAGCAAUUUCUAAAUUUAGAUAUUUGCAAACGUUAAUCAAGAAGGAUGAUAAUUUACAAAAGGCGCACUCUAAUGAAGAAAAAGAAGAGCUCAUGUGUAUCAUUUGCAGAUCAACUAUUACAAUCGGAUCGUUGACCCAAUGUGGUCAUAAGUAUUGUAAAGAAUGUUUAGAGCUUUGGCUAAGGAAUCAAAAAACUUGUCCAAUGUGUAAACAUGCGAUAAAUAUAUCAACCGUCUACAAUUUCACUCACCAUAAGCCAAAUUUAAAAGCAAAUGCUGUGGAUAAUAUAGGAAACCAUAAAGUUGAUGAUAAUCUACAUUCCAUUUAUAAACCUAUUGAUGACGUUAUAAUUGAUGAUAUUCAGCAUAUGCCCUUAAAAAAUUCGUACAGUUCUAAGGUUGAUAUGAUUGUAAAACAGGUGUUAUAUUUAAGAAAUAAAGACCCUAUGGUUCAAAUCGUUAUCUUCAGUCAGUGGCAGGACCUCUUAUAUAUACUUGGAACGGCUUUUAAGUCUGCAAAUAUUUCAUUCUUAGGAUCACAUGGUACUUUGACUCCAGAGGUUGGAGCAGGCCGUCGCCGUAACAAGUAUGAUAGUGUUGAAGAAUUCAAGGACCCACAAAACGAAAUAACUUGCUUCUUAUUAAAUGCCAAGGCACAAGCGAGUGGUUUGACAUUAGUCAAUGCAACUCAUAUAUUCUUGUGUGAACCAUUAGUAAACACCUCUCUAGAGUUACAAGCUAUCUCGAGAAUUCACAGAAUUGGCCAAACAAGACACACCACUGUGUGGAUGUUUGCAAUCGAGAAUACAGUAGAAGAGAGUAUCGUAUUAAUGUCUACUAACAAGAGAUUGCAGUAUUUCGAGACAGAGACAACACCGACAGCAAACCAAGACGGUGCAUCGAAGGUGAUAUCCAAAUCUAAGGAGAAAAAUUUAAGUAAGGCAGAAUCAAUGACUUUGAUGAAAAGUGGUGGAAUAGAUACUUUGGUCAACAAAGGUAAUGGAGAGGGUGAAUCAGUGACUAAUGGAGACUUAUGGAAUGCGUUCUUUUGUGCCCGAUCUAAUAAUACAAGGAUUCUGGGGCUAAAUGAAGUAAAAAAUUAA